AUGAGCAACUUUACUGGCGGUAAAAUCUUAACUUUUGAAAAGGAAGUUUGUGUUUCGUCUUCCGGUGAAGAACCUGCAAUGAGAUUCCUUGUUGCACUGAACAUAUUUUUAUCUUUCACUGCAUUAUUAGGAAAUUCUAUUAUCCUUGUUGCCCUUAAGGAGUGUUCCCUACAUCCUGCAUCCAGACUUUUAUUCAUCUGCCUGGCGUGCACCGACCUGUUAGUUGGUGUUCUUCUAGAACCCUUCAACGUGGUCCAUUUGUUUUUGUCCAUGCAAGGAGAUCAACAGCUCUGCAGUCGAAUGUUAGUCCCAAGUUAUAUCAUCGGCGUAAUUCUUUUUGGCGUUUCUAUCUCAACGUUAACUGCAAUAAGCGUGGACCGACUUCUGGCAUUGCUGUUGAAGCUAAGGUACAGACAAGUUGUAACUUUGAAGCGAACCUGUGCGGUAAUAGCAUUUAUAUGGCUCCUGAACGUCUUCGCUGCAACCAUGUACUUCUGGGUUCAUUUUAUUUUCCUGUGGUAUGGCUAUAUACUGAUAAUAGCCUGUUUCGUAACCUCAACUUCCUUGUACACAAAAAUCUACUUAACUCUUCGCCUUCAUCAAAGACAACAAGAACGAUUCUCCCACGAACAACCGCUGAGAAGAACUGGAAUUCCACUGAAUAUAGCACGAUUCAGAAAAACAGUGUCCACAGCUCUCUGGGUGCAGUUAACAUUAGUAGCCUGUUAUCUUCCGUAUGGUAUAGUAACAGCCUUAAUGACUAGCCAUGGUUUAUCUCCAUCUAUUAUUCUUGCUAGUAGGUUUGCCUCAACUCUUGUCUACCUAAACUCGACCCUGAAUCCUUUGUUGUAUAGCUGGAAGAUAAGAGACGUCAGAGAGACAGUAGAGGCAAAACUACAACAACUGAUGUGUUGUGGUCAGUCUAGAGUUCAGGCUUUCAGAGGUAAUGUAAGGACAACUAAUGAAAGAACAGAUUAA